GGGUCUCGACCCGAUCGCCAACGGGCAAAGAAAUGGGAUAUCGAACGCUCAAGCAGGCAGUUACAUCUUCACCAAUCAACACUUUUAGAUGGUGUUGUUCAUGGGAACAUAAAUAACGGUGGAAAUGGAAAUUUUAUUCUUAAUACUCGAGAGCCAGACAAUGAAAUUUUCCGUAUUUCUCCACCACGUGUUGUUGCUUCUCCCCUUCAACAUGGCUCAAAUUCACAGGAACGACCACAAACUUCCGAUCCAUCAGAUGUUUCCAUAUCUCCUGGAAUCGAGGUAGAAACUGAUGCAUAUAACUCUGAGAACGAUGAAACAAGUGAUUUGGAUACACCAGAUCACGAG